AUGGAUAACAGCAGUUACCGCAGUGUGGAUGAAGGUGAGGAAGAUGAAGGUAAACGAGAGGUCGGUCAGGAGGAACAGAAACAGGGAGAAGGGAAGGAUAGAGAGGAGGAAGAGGACAACGAAGACAAUGAUGAUAAAAAAGAGGAAGAAGAAGAGGGCAAGGUGAUUAAAGAAGAACACAGAGAAGCAAGUUCUACUAUUGGUAAUGCAACGCAAAGGAUAUCUAGAGGAAUUCGAGAUAAGUCGAAUCAUAUCUUUGGAGGCAUAGACAAGGCAUGUGAACAGUUUUACAUUAUGGUCCAUGCAGCUUCAGAUGGUGCUUGGUCUUCCAUCACAUUUCAGUUUUCUAAGAUUUACAUAGAAUAUUCUCAUUUUAUUCUAUCCUUCACUCCCCCUGCUGCGACUGUAUAG